AGGGAAGGAGUGCGCGGCGAGUAGACCCCACGGCGGGUCCCCCAAGGGUUCAGUCCUAUCCCGCCAUCCCCAAGCCACCACCCCUGAGACCGCUGUGUUUAGGCAACUGCGCGGGGGAUGGCCGGGGCGAAGAGGGUGGGGUGAGGGGAGAGAUGUGCAGGACGAGGAGAACUGCCAGGCAGGAGAGGCUGGGGACUGAUGGUUGAUAAGAAAGGAAUGAAAUUCCUGCACCCUUGCUCUGAGCUUGUUCCUCCAGUGGCCUUGGAGGAGUUUGCAAGGUGCAAAGAACAGAAGCUAGUGAUAACGUCCCAGCUUUUCUUGAGUCUCGGCUCCAACAGGACGGUUGGACUGUAUUGCGCAUCCGCCUUCGGUGAUAGACCAGGUGCGCUCUGCCUGCAGCUAGCUUGAUUAACACUGGGGUGCACUUGGUGAGAGUGAAUCUUAAUCAUUAAAGAGAAAGUUGGAGACGUUAGGAUGCAGACUAGAGGUGGGAGAAAAUAUGGGAAGAGGGAGGGAGAGAUGAGAAAGGGAGGCUAAAGAGGCAGCGGGGAGAAGGGGGAGAGGAAUUUCGUUGGAAGGUUAGAGGAGGAAGUGGUUGGUGGAAUGAGGGAAGAGGAGAUCAUAACCCCCAGCAGUUUUGCUCACGCCACAAAAGGGGUUUUUUUUGGGGGGGGUGAAGGGGGUAGGUUAUUUAAAGUGAAUUUUUAUUUAUUUAUUUAUUUUAUUUACUCUUGGCUGCGUUGGGUCGUCUUUGCUGCGCGCGGGCUUUCUCCAGUUACGGCGAGCGGGGGGCUACUCCUCGUUGCAGUGCGCAGGCUUCUCAUUGCGGUGGCUUCUCUUGUUGCGGAGCACGGGCUCUAGGCGCACGGGCUUCAGUAGUUGUGGCGCUGGGGCUUAGUUGCUCUGUGGCAUGUGGGAUCUUCCCGGACCAGGGCUCGAACCCGUGUCCCCUGCAUUGGCAGGCGUAUUCUUAACCACUGCGCCACCAGGGAAGUCCUAAAGUGAAUUUUUUUUCUUUAAUAUCAUCCCUUUUUGAAAAAGAAAAAUGAAGAAUUCGAUUUCGAAUACUUGCAAAAUGCUCCCUUGGUGUAGUUGUUCUUUGCAUUGUUUUUCAAUAGGGCUUCCUCAGUCUUGGACUGAAGACUUUGGGCAGUGCUCAGAGGUGGAGGUACAGAUACACGCCAGGCUACCUUUUGCGGGUUACUCCCCUAAAACUGCUGGGAGGAAUGUCGCUGGCUCACACUACAGGUCUUCUUUUUUUUUUUUUUUUUUUUUCCUACAGUACGCGGGCCUCUCACUGUUGUGGCCUCUCCUAUUGCGGAGCACAGGCUCUGGACGCGCAGGCUCAGCGGCCAUGGCUCACGGGUCCAGCCGCUCCGCGGCAUGUGGGAUCCUCCCGGACCGGGGCAUGAACACGUGUCCCCUGCAUCGGCAGGCAGACUCUCAACCACUGCGCCACCAGGGAAGUCCUACAGGCCUUCUUUUGCUGAUACUGCUGCUGAUAGAACCCAGGAAGACUCUGGGCAGUGAGCGUCCUGGGAUCUGGGGACCUGGCUGGGGAGGGGGAGGAUGGGAGGAAGGCAGGAAUGGAAAGGGCUCCACAGUGGUAGGCACCUGUCCACAGUGCUCUUAGGAUGGUGAGGGUGUGGUUUAGCUGGACUGGCUGCCCCGGAGGUGUGGGGACCCCAGCCUAAGGCAGGGUGCCUGACCUGUGCUCGUGUGGCAGCUCUCCCUCUCCUGCCAAGUCCCACCUCCUACUCCAGGAAGCCUUUCCUGAUGACCCGGGACCCAUCAUGAAUGUGGCAUGUGUCGUCCUAUGGUGUCUUUUUUCCCGUUUUUUGAAAGUCCUGUCUGUUCAGAUAGAUUUUAAGUCCCUGGAGUACAGACACCGUCUUGAAUUUUUGGUACCUCAACAGUUGGUACAUGACGCUAAAAAGAUUUGUCAGGUGAAUCCUCCUGUGUGCACCCAAGGGGUCCAUGGUGGCCUCAAAGUGUUUAAUUAAACCUCAGACAGUUAAAGGUGAGGCAGGACUAAGGACGCGGCAGAUGGAGGGGGUCUGGGAUGGAGACCCCUCCCUCUGCAGCCAGGCCCCUCGUGGGGAAUCUCUGGGGACACACCUGUGUUUUUCUCUCAUGGAUGCUCACUCUCUCUGCCUCGACCUCACUGUCAGAGCUCAGUCCAGACCUGGACAGCCCUGGUGUGAAGUCCAGGGCUCAGUGGACACAAAGCCUUUCCUCCAGUAUGACAGUGACAGAAACAAGGUCAAACCUUUGGGUCUCCUGGCGGGGGAGGUAAAUGCCACCAAAGUAUAGACAGAAUUGAGCCAAAUGCUGGGAGAAGUGGGGUGAGAGCUCGGGAUGGUCCUGCCUGUCAUCACACUGGCCAAAAGGGAGACCAGGGGUGGGUAUGCGAAGCGGGUGGGUAGCUGGAGACAGUCAGCAAGAGAGGGAAAGGAGCAGAGCACGUGCAGGGAAGGAGCUUCGUGUGAAAGAACGGAACACGGUCCAACCGCUACGGGGGAGGACGGACUGUGGACAGUCCAGGAUGCUUCUUUGUGUAGGGGCACAGAUCCGCCCACGCUGCAGGUCACGCUGUGUUGUCAGCGCGAAGCAGAGCGAUGCACUGGUGCAUCCUUGCACUUCAGCAUCAACAGACACACAGCCCUCCUUGACGCGAUGAACGUGAACCGGACAGUCAUCACUCCUGGAGCCACAGGGGUCAAAGAGGAGUGGGAGAACAGCCAGGAGCUGGCAGAGUGUUUUAGGAAGAUCUCAGCGGGAGACUGCAGUCACUGGUUUAGAGAAUUCCUAGAACACUGGGAGAACAUGCUGGAACCAGAGCCCACGGAACCACCAUUAAACGCCCCAAAUAAUGACCAGUCUGCAUCCAUCCAUUAAUUGAAUGGAUCAUCCCACUGAUUUUCACCUGCUUCGUCCUAAUUGGCUUCAUCGUCGUGAAACUUACGAAGAAAUCAGGGACCACAGCAGAGUGAUUUAGUUCAACAAUUUACCUGAUGUUCUAACAGCCGUUCCAUCAUCUGAUGUUUCUUCCCUGGACCAGGAGAAGGUGGAAAUGUUAGACCAACCCUUGGUGGAAAAAAACUGACCCUUGAUCACAGUCUGGCUGCUGAUCUAAUAAUAUUAUCUUCUACUCAGAGGUGGGUUUACCGAGAAGGUAAAGAGCCCCUUGCUUCCCACGGCUGUUGAUGAGCUCUUACGGCCGCAGUUAAGCGGAAAGGAAAUGUGUCCAACCACCUUCCUGUACCUUUGGGAGGAGCCUCUCCACUGUGUCUCAUAGGCCUUCCCGUCAAAGGGAGGGUCAGCACCUGAAAUAAAAGAGAGCUCUGUGUGCCCAGUUGUACCGGGCUGUUACCUAACACAGUGCACAAAAAUGCACUCAGAAUGGACAAAAGACUUAAAUAUAAGACCUAAAACUGUAAAAUCUUAGAAGAAAACACAGGACAAAAGCUUCACGACAUUCGAUCUCGCUAUGAUUUCUUGGACGUGACACCAAAGACACAGGCAACAAAAGAAGAAAAUAGACAAAUUGAACUUCAUGAAAUGUAAACAUUUUGCACGUGGAAAGACAGUAUCAAAAGAGUUAAAAGGCAGCCCACUGAAAGGGAGGAAGUGUUUGUGAAUCAUAUGUCUGAUAAGGGAUUAAUAUCCAGAAUAUAUAGAAGACUCCUAAAACUCAACAACAAAAACACAAACAACCUGAUUGAAAAAUGGGCAAAAGACUUGAACAGAUAUUUCUCCAAAGAAGAUAUACCGUAGGCACAUGAAAAUUGCUCAACAUCAUUAAUCAUUAGGGAAAUAGAAAUCAAAACUACAGUGAGAUUUCCCCUCACACCCAUUAGGAUGGCUUCCAUUAAAAAAAGAGAAAAUAGCAAAGAACAUAACGAGGUUGUGGAGAAAUUGGAAACUUUGUGCAUUUUUUGAUGAGGAUGUAAAAUGAUACAGCUGCUGUGGAAAACGAUAUGGCCAUUCUUCAAAAAAUUAAAACUAGAAUCGCCAUAUGAUCCAGCGAUUCCACUUCUGGGUAUGUACCCAAAAGAACUGAAAGCAGGCUCUCAAAGAGAUACCUGUACACCUAUGUUCAUAGCAGCAUUAUUCACAAUAGGUAAAAUGUGGCAGCAACCCAAGUGUCCACUGAUGGAUGAAUGAAGAAGAAGAAUGUGUUAUGUAGACACAAUGGAAUAUUUUUCAGCCCUAAAAAGAAGAAGAUUCUAAAAACAAAGAAAAGAAGAAGAAAAUUCUGACAUGCUACAACAGGGAUGAACCUUGAGGAUAUUCUGCUAAGUGAGACAAGCAAGUCACAAAAAGACAAAUACUGUGUGAUUCCACUUAUAUGAGAUACUUAGAGUAGACACAAUCAUAAGAUAGAUUUUAUGAAAAUAGAAAGGUUGUUGCCAGGGGUUAAGGGGAGGGGGCAAUGGGAGUUAAUGUUUAAUGGGUGCAGCGUUACAAUUGUACAGUGAUAAGAUCUAUGGAGAAGGAUGGGGGUAAUGAUUGCACAGCAGUGUGAAUGUGUUUAAUAUCACUGAACUGUAUACUUAAAAAUAGCUAAGAUGGUAAAUUCUGUUAUGCGUAUUUUAUCACACAGAGAAAAAUGUUAAGGGUGUCCACAGUUCCUGGCUCAUCCCUGGUGCUGCAUUCCUGGCAGCGAGCCUCUUUCCUGACCCCUCCUACGGGGCUCUGAGUGAACCAGUUUACAGCAGGACUGGCUCCAGAGAGAGGUGACGCUAAGAUGAUGAUGAAGUGGGUGUCCACGGCUGAGCUGGGUUGCUAGGGUAGGGAAGGGUGGAGACAGCUCAAGAGUACCUACAACAGGGAACUGAAAAUGUGAGCCUGGGACCUUACCUGAAGCUGGAAGAUCCCUGUUCCUGGUGUGGGUUCCCCAAUAGGUCUCCCUGGUCUUCAGAGCCUGAGAAAGGGGAGGAGAUUGUGUGACUGAUACUUUGCCUGAACUCCCAAAACUUUUGGCAGCCGGGACUUCCAUGGUGGUCCAGUGGUUAAGACUCCGCGCUGCCAGUUCAGGGGGCCCAGGUUCGAUCCCUGGUCAGGGAACUAGAUCCCGCAUGCCGCAACUAAGAGCCCGCAUGCAGCAACAAAGAUCCCAUGGGCCGCAACUAAGACCCAGCGCAGCCAAAUAAAUAAAUAA